CUACAACCCAACCAACCAAACCAUCAUUUACUUAUGCAUACGUGAAACCCGUACCAACACAAUUCAAAGGGGAAGAUCAACCCGACUGCAUUAGAUCCGAGGCUGGCGCCACGACAGCUUAGAAGACGACAGCAAUGGUACCCCCCGAGAGGACAACAGUCGGCGGUUCGCUCGAGAUUCCUCGAAUGCUCAAUGGCCUGUGGCAGCUCGCAGGAGGCCACCACAAAGACGUCUCCAUUGCGGAUGCAUCAGCGGCCAUGGACACACUUAUUAGUAAUGGACUGGAUGCAUUUGAUAUGGCUGAUCACUACGGGGAUGCCGAACUUGUCGUCGGCCGUCACAAUGCUCAAAAUCAAAACCAGGGGCAAUUGACAGCGUUUACCAAGUGGUGCCCAGCAGAAAAUGGGAUCAAAAGUUUUGAGAAUGCGGAAGCAGCAAUUGAACUUGCUUUGAGGAGACUGAACCAGAGCACAAUUUGCGUUCUGCAGUAUCAUAUUUGGGACUAUACAGACGAUACUUAUUUGCACAACCUCUGCCACCUGACCAGCCUACAGUCCCAAGGCAAAAUAGCUCACCUAGGCCUGACCAACACCGACGCCGCCCAUCUGGAGAUGUUGCUCGACACCGGAUUCAACAUUGCAACCAACCAGAUCUCCUGCUCGGUGAUCGACCUCCGGCCCGUCCGCGGGCGAAUGAGCCAACUCUGCGCGUCCCGUGGCGUUGGCCUCCUGUGCUACGGGACGCUGCUGGGCGGUUUCAUCUCUGAGAAGUGGCUAGGUAAGCCCGAGCCGGCGGACAUAGACGCACUCAACUGGUCCCUGAGGAAGUACCUGCGCUUCAUAUGGGCCGCCGGAGGGUGGGCUACCUUCCAGGCUGUCCUCAUGGCACUUGAAACUGUGUCGAAUAAGCACGGCGUCCCGAUCCCAGCGGUGGCGACGCGUUGGGUGCUUGACCUCCCUGCCGUCAAGGCCGUCAUAGUGGGGACGGGGUUGAGUAACAACUCCGAGAAGCACAUCGCGGAGAACCUCUUGGCCUUUUCGGUCGCCCUCGAUGACGAGGACAGGGCAGUAAUCGCAAAGGCACAGGAUGCGCUGCGUGAUAUUCCGGGCGACUGUGGCGACGAGUACCGCAGGCCGCCAUACCUGACAGCCGCUGGUGAUCUAAGCCACCAUGUCAGAGAGAGAGAUCGCGCCAGUUCGGUGAGGGAAGCUAUUGCUUUGGGCCAGAGGGUCGAGUAUUUGAGCGGGAGUAAAUGGGAGCCUAUUUGUGGCUAUGCUCGAGCAGUCCGAAUUGGUUCUCAUAUCCAUAUUUCGGGGACAACCGCGAACCCACCUGUGCCCUCUCUGCCCCGCGUAGGCGGCACCUCAGCUAGGAGUCAGGCAGUUUGGGCACUGGACAUUAUUGAAGCGGCAUUGAAAGCCCUGGGUUCAUCCAUGAAAGACGUUGUCAGGACGCGUAUCAUCCUGUCCGACAGAAAGGACGCUGAAGCAGUAAGCGAGGCACAUGGUUGGAGGAUGCACUGCGCUGACGUCCUUCCCGCCAACACCUUGAUUGAGGCAACCCUUUACGAGGAUGAAUUUCUGGUCGAGAUUGAGGCAUGGGCUGAGGUCGAUUCUGGGGCCAGAGGGACAGUGCGAGUAUACAAAUCCUAACGACGCGGCCUUGAUGCUGGCAACGCAUCCCACUGGCGACCGGUACGCGCUCAAAUGCUGAGAAUCCAGGCUCGAAACGCCUUGCUCUUGAGCACCUUCUCGCAGCUGAGAUUCUAGCUUCAAUAAGAAUUAAGGUUUUGCUACGGGGGUGACUUCGGUCAGGUCCGUCUCUCAAACGAUACGCUACUGAGACCUCAAAGGCCCAGAAUUUAUUAUCCAAAGGGCAGGCAACCUCCACAUCUUGGCUGCCCUUCUUCCUCAUACCUGACACCUGGAAGUUAAGCGGUGGGCCUGGAUACUCAAUCGGUCUCUUCCGCAGUGCCCUGGCUGUCCGGCACUUCCAGCUCCUCUCCUUCCUCCGCGGCCUCGGCCAUCUCCUCAUCCUCGUCUUGCGCGUCUUCUGCCUCGCCUUCAUCUUCACUUCCAUUCUCACCCUCCUGCUCCUCACCCUCCUGCUCGCCUUCGUCCUCGCCUUCUUCUCCUUCUUCUUCUUCGUCGUCCUCCUCCACGCCCUCGCCCUCCUCGCCCUCCUCACCUUCUUCUUCGCCUUCCUCUUCGCCGGAGCCCUCGCCGGAGCCC